CGGCCCGCACCAUCGAAUGUACCUUUAAAUGGCGCUCCGAGUCCCCCUACGCCACCACUAGUCCGCUCUGCACCGCUUAAGGGAGAGAGCGGCUGUCUUCGCUCUCGUCCUUGCCCUUUCCUCUCCCAUUUCCCUCCUCGUUCCUGAUCCGCCCCGCCGCCCACCCCACCUUCCUCGGCUUCUAAACCCUAGGGUUAGUGCUCUCUUUCCAAGGGCGAUAGCCAUCGCCCGUCGAUCAUGCCGCUCUUCCUCUCCGAGGAGGAGUUCCGGCUCCUCUCCCACGACGCCGCGGCGGUGGCGGAGAGGGCCGAUGCCGUCAUCCGGGACCUCCGCUAUCAGGUCGACACCGCCAAGGCGGAGAAGGACGCCGCUGCCAUUGCUGCCGAGCAGACCUGCGCUCUCUUGGAGCAGAGGUACGAGUCCCUCUCCGACGACCUUGCUCGGCUCCGGUCCGAGAAUGCCCAGCUCUCUGUCUCUGUUGAGCAGAGGCUCUCCGAAAUCGCUGAGAUCCAGGCCGAGAAGCACCAGCUCCAUCUCAAGGCCAUUGGAAAGGAUGGAGAGAUAGAGAGACUAUCGUUGGAAACGGUGGAACUGCACAAAUCCAAGCGCCAGCUUCUGGAAUUGGUUGAGCAAAAAGAUGUGGAGAUCAGGGAGAAAAAUGCCACCAUCCAAAGCUAUCUUGAUAAGAUCGUUAGUUUGACAGAUAAUGCUGCUGCAAAGGAGGCCAGGCUGAAUGAUAGUGAAGCAGAAUUGGCGCAUUGUCGUGCUACAUGUAAUCGUCUUACUCAGGAGAAGGAACUUCUUGAACGGCAUAAUGUUUGGCUUAAUGAGGAGUUGAGCGCCAAAGUUAACAGCCUUGUCGAACUACGUAAAACACAUAUGGAUGUUGAGGCAGAUUUGUCUGCUAAACUUGCUGAUUUUGAAAGACAGAUGAAUGAGUCUUCAAGCUUGUUAAAACGGAGUAAGGAAAGAGUAACUGAACUGGAGAUGAGAAUCACGUCCUUGGAAGAGGAGUUAUGCUCGUCUAAGGGUGCUGCUGCUGCUAAUGAAGAGCACUUUGCUGCUGAGCUAUCAACUGUCACAAAGCUUGCUGAACUUUACAAAGCGAGUUCAGAGGAAUGGUCCAAAAAGGCAGGGGAGCUUGAGGGUGUUAUCAAAGCAUUGGAGACACAUAUGACUCAAGUUGAAAAUGAGUACAAAGAAAAAUUUGAAAAGGAACUAUCACUUAGAAAAGAUCUUGAAAAGGAAGCUGCAGUCAUGAAGGAGAAGUUAGAAAAGUGCGAAGCUGAAAUUGAGAUUGCAAGGAAGGCUAAUGAGUCUAGCAUUCUUCCAUUAUCCAGUUUUCGUGCUGAUCCAACCUUGGAAGAACUUGAUAACACACAUGAGGAUGGUCGGUUGGUUGUCCCCAAGACUCCAUUAGGUAUUUCAGGGACGGCAUUAGCUGCUUCCCUUCUUCGAGAUGGUUGGAGUCUUGCUAAAAUGUAUGAGAAAUAUCAAGAAGCUGCUGAUGCUCUGCGACAUGAGAAGUGGGGACGGAAGCAUGCAGAGGCCAUUUUGGAACGGGUACUACAUGAAAUAGAAGAGAAGGCUGAGAUCAUUUUGGAUGAACGAGCUGAACAUGAGAGAAUGGUGGAAGCAUACUCUUUGAUGAAUCAAAAAUUGCAGCAGGCACUAUUAGAGCAUGAUAAUUUUGAGAAUACUAUUCGGAACUUAAAGUCUGAGUUGAAGAAGCGUGAACGUGAUCAAACUAUUGCACAAAAGGAGAUAAGUGAUCUUGAGAAGCAGGUAACAGUUCUUUUGAAGGAAUGCCAAGAUAUUCAACUUCGCUGUGGUGCUACCCCUCAGUUUCCUGGUGAAAAAUCUGUGACUAUGAUUUCAGUUGAUAUUGAUGAUGGCACUGAUGCUAGGAACAAGAUCUCUGAGCCCCAUAUGAUGUUUAAGGACAUACAUGGAUUAGUGGAGCAGAAUGUCCAGCUCCGAGGCCUUGUGCAUAGUCUUACAAGUGAAGAUGAAAAAAGAGACUUUGAACUAAGGGAGAGUUUCCAGAUUGAGCUUCAGAAGGUCACUGAUGAGGCAACUGCUAAGGUUGAAGCAGUGCUGAAGAGAUCCGAGGAACAAGGGCACAUGAUUGAAUCUCUUCACAGCUCUGUUGCAAUGUAUAAGAGGUUAUAUGAAGAAGAACGUAGGCUUCGUGCUUCUAGCCAUGUUUACACUGAAUCUGUUCCUGGAGAUGGAAAGAAGGAGCUUAUGCUUCUCUUUGAAGGUUCUCAGGAAGUUUCAAAGAAAGCAUAUGAGCAACUAACUGAACGCGCUAGAAAUCUUGAAGAGGAUUUGGCUAAAUUGAGGGGCGAGCUUACAUCGAUACGUUCAGAGCGUGAUAAGAUGAUCCUGGAAGCCAGUUUUGCUAGGGAAAGACUUGAUAGUUUCAAGAAAGAAUUUGAACACCAGAGAAAGGAGGCAAAUGCAGUUUCAGCUAGAAAUGUGGAGUUGACACACUUGCUGGUUGAUUAUCAAAAACGUCUCCGAGAAAGUUCUGAUUCUUUACAAGCCUCGGAGGAGAAUUUACGAAAGCUUUCUAUGGAGGUGUCUAUUUUGAAGCACGAAAAGGAAAUCCUUAUAAACUCGGAGAAAAGAGCUUCUGAUGAAGUUCGCAGUCUGUCUGAGAGAGUGCACCGUCUGCAGUCAAGCCUGGACACCAUUCAAAACACUGAGGAGGUUCGAGAGACUGCAAGAGCUGCAGAGAGAAGAAAACAUGACAAGUAUCUAAAACAAGUUGAAAGAGAUUGGGCAGAAACUAAGAAGGAACUUCAGGAGGAGCGAGAUCAUGUUCGUGCACUAAUGCUUGAUAGGGAAAAGGCAAUGGAUAAUUCCAUGAGACAGGUGGAUGAAAUGAGAAAAGAAUUAGCUGAUGCUUGGCGAGCUGUUGCUUCAGCUGAAUCAAGGGCUGCCGUGGCAGAGGCUCGGUGCUCUGAUCUGGAAGCCAAACUCGGCUGUACGGAGAAAAAGGUGAUUAAGAAGAGCGGUGGAAAUGAUCCUUCAGCAUUUUCUACAGAUGAGGUGACUGGAGAGUCAUGGAAAGUGAAAGAGGAGAUGGAAAAACUGAAGGAGGAAGCACAGGCCAACAAGGAUUUUAUGCUACAGUACAAAGAAAUAGCAUACACGAAUGAAGUUGCAUUGAAGCAAAUUGAAUCUGCACAUGAGGAAUACAAGGCCGAGGCAGAGAAAUUGAGAAAGUCAUUGGAAGAUGAAGUUCUUUCUCUGAGGAAUAAGGUGUCUGAGCUGGAGAAAAACUAUGUAUUGAAGUGUGAAGAAGCGGCUUCGGCCGUGGAAUCUAAAGAAAGAGAACUUUCUUUUGUCUUGGCCGAGACUUCAGGCUUAAGGGACGAAAUUGCUCAAAAGAUGACACAAAUAGAAGGGUUGGAAUUUCAGAUAUCCUCUUUGAAGGAUGAUCUUGAUAGGGAACACAUGCGUUGGCGAACUGCCCAAGACAACUUUGAGAGACAGGUUGUUCUCCAAGCUGAGGCAAUUCAAGAGUUGACUAAUACUUCUAAGGAAUUGUCUUUGUUGCAAAGUGAAAUAGCAAAGCUGCGGAAAAUUUCAGAUGCACAAAAGGCUGAAAAUGAUUCUCUGAAAGCAUUGUGGGAAAAGGAAAAAUCAGAGCUGCAGGCACAAAAGGAUGGAGCUGAGAGGAAGUACAAUGAAAUAAAUGAGCAGAAUAAAAUAUUGCACAAUCGACUGGACUCUUUACACAUUAGAUUAGCUGAAAGGGAACAAAGUUAUGCGGGAUUUUCUUCCCAAAAUGUAGAUUCAAAAGCUGAGAGUGACUUGCAAAAUGUUAUCAGCUAUCUUCGCAGGUCAAAAGAAAUUGCGGAAACCGAAAUAUCCUUGCUGAAACAAGAAAAGUUGCGGUUACAAUCACAACUUGAGAGUUCUAUAAAGGCCUCUGAAAGAGCUCAAACCUUACUACAUUCUCAACAUGAGAAUUCUAAAGCAAUAUUAUUCAAAGAUGAUGAAUUCAAGUCCCUACAGCUUCAGGUGAGAGAAAUUAAUUUGCUUCGUGAAAGCAACAUGCAGCUUCGAGAGGAGAACAAGCAUAAUUUUGAAGAAUGUCAGAAACUUCGUGAUGAAGUGCAAAAGGCUAAAAUGGGAGCUGAAAGAUUUGAAAAUCUUCUAAAAGAGAAGCAAAUAGAGUUUGAUGCUUGCCAGAAAGAGGUUGAGAUGCACAGGAUGGAGAUAGGGCAUCUGAACAAUAGGAUUGUUGAGUUAGUCGAAAGUUGUAAAAAUAUUGAUCCUGCGGAACAUGAACGAAUGAAGGACGAGCUCCAACAGAUUAAGGUCCUGCUGAAAGAAAAUGAGAUGGAGGUUCAGUUGACAAAAAAUCUUCUUUCCGAGAAACAAGAAACUAUAUCAAACUUGGAACAAGCCCUUGUGAAAUGUCAAUCAGAAUUAGCUGAACAAGUGAAAAGGUUAAAUGAUGCCCUUCAAAUUGAGGCAAAUAUCAGACAGGAAAAUGACAAACAGAAGAAGAUUCUUUCUAUUUUGAAGAAAAAGAAUGAGACCUUGACAAAAGAGAAGGAAGAACUGAACAAGGAAAACCAAGCCCUUUCGAAACAGAUAGAAGAUUUAAAAUCAAGUACUAAUGCCCUUUCGAAACAGAUAGAAGGUUUAAAAUCAAGUACUAAUGACCAUAGUGCAUCUGUAUACUGUUACAUGUAUUGUUUUCUUUUCCUAAUCUGGUCAAACUUGGCAGCCAAGAAGAACACAGCUGACUCAGUGGACCAGGCCGCAAAGGAGAAGGACACCAGAAUACAGAUACUGGAGAAAACUCUAGAGAGAGAGAGGGAUGACAACAAGAAAGAGAAAGCAAAGCGGCAAAAGAAUGAGAAGGCAGUACUUGAUAUUAUGCAGACAGUAAACAAGGAUAAGAGAAGGCUUGUAGAGGAACUUUCAAAGCACAAACUUGCCAUACGUGCUGUGGUGGAGGGAACUGGACUAACUGAUACUCAACUUCCUCCUGGGUUUAGCUUGGAUGAAGAAACUCAUAAAUACUUCUUUUCCACUUCUAACUUGGGAGAAGCAGUGAAUUCCCUUUUAAAUGAUGGUCAGGGAAGUCAUCCCCUCACUUCAGACACAUCAACUGUGGAUACAUCCAUGGCCGCUCCAGGUCGGCAGGUUCCCUCUCAGCAGGCGAGACUUUCUACUACACCUCAUGUGAAAACAACACAGGAAAAAGAGAAAGGGUCCGCUGUGGUCAAACCAGUUAGUGAAGCCCGUAAGGGAGGGAGGCGGCUUGUACGUCCUCGUCUUGAGAGGCCUGAAGAACCUCAAGUUGACAUAGAAAUGUCAGGAAUGGAAGGGUCUACUGCAGCAGAAGAGGGAAAAGUUGGUACAUCUCAUGAACCAGAACUUUUAGGUGACAUUUCUUCGCGACAUCCAUCUUCUGCUCGCAAACGCCUGGCUUCAUCAUCAGCACCAGAGCUAAGAGAAGAGUCUGUUUCACAAGAAGAGACCGGACCUGAUGUUGCACCUCCAUUGAAGAAAUCCAAGGACUCUGAUGUCCAAGAGGCCUAUGAAGGAAAAACCAUCGCAUCAUCUUCUGAGAAUCCUGACACAGCACCACAGUCAUCUGUUCCAUCUGUUGAUAUUUCUGAUACACAACCACCUGUGGAAGAUACGGAAUCUGAUCAAGCUCCAGCCUUGUCAGGCGAGGAUAUUGUGGACACGGCGAAGGAUGAUGCUGCAACAAAUGAAGAAAUAGAGGAACAUCAAAAGCUAUCAAUGGAUGGUGCAAAUCAAGAAGAUGACAUUCAGUAUGAAGGGGAUGCAAUUGCAGAAGAGGUUGCUGAUAAGUCUAGAGCACCAUUGGAUUUGCUUGAUGAAUGCUUAAAGAAUGAAGAUGGAAGAGAAAUAUUGCAGUCUUUAGCUGCAGAUGGUGAAGAAGAGAGGGAAGAGGGGGAAUUGUUGCCUGAUGAACCAGAACAGCAACAAGAGGACGGUACAUCGGUAGAAUGCCAGCAUGAGUCUGCGCCUGGUGAUGGAGAUCGGACUGGGGAUGAAACUGGGGAGCUUGUUGAGGCUGCCUCACCUGAAGUUGUGAGUGAAAGUGUUGAUGCUAUGGAAGAGGUUGCUGAAGGCAAUGAUAACAGUGAUCAUGGUGCUCCUGAUACUGUGCAGAGUCCACAGACAUCUGCAGGCAUAUCUGAGGUUCCACCAAGCACUCCUCCACAAAGUGCAGUCUCGGAACAGCAGAGUGCCAGCACUGUUGCGGAUACAGAAGAAUCACGGGGCCACAGAACAAUAACCAUAUCUGAGAGAGCUAGACAGAAUGCCAUUUUGAGACAACAAGCCAGAAUGACAGCUCAGCCACCCUCAAGAAGAGGCAGAGCUGCUGGGAGUUACAGGAGAGAUGGCAACCGGGGGGGAUCACGAGGUGGCCGAGGGGGACGUGGGUCAGCAUUUGGUGAUAGAGAACAAGUUUGAUUGAUGGGCAAAUAAUAAGCCCUUAGACGUUUCAUUUAUAUUUCCUGCACUUGUAAAUUUGGCUUCAGACAUGCCUGGGUUUGGCGGAGCCGUGCUUUAAUUUAUAAGUUGCUAAGAUGAAUGUUGCCGUCCAUAUGUAUUGCUCUUGAUUCUGCUUCUUUGAAGCACUUUGUCAUAAUCUUGGUUCAAUGUUUAAUGUCAUGCCUAGUAAAUUUUACCGAACCAUAACCCUAGCAUGUCAUUAGAUUCAAUGCUCACUGGAGAAAACUUGAUGUUCAAAACUA